CACAGUUAAGCACCAAUCCACGAAUUUGACACCGGAAGGUCUUCUUCGGCGCCACAAGAAAGAGUCGGAGUGCCGUGUGUGUGGUCGGCGUAAAGGUUUAAGUCGAAAAAAGAAAGAAGGUUUUUGUAGUCACAAAAAUGAGCUUGUUAAAUAAACCCAAGUCUGAAAUGACCCCAGAGGAACUCCAAAAGAGAGAAGAGGAGGAGUUCAAUACAGGACCACUCUCAGUUCUCACACAGUCCGUCAAAAACAAUACACAAGUUCUAAUCAACUGUCGCAACAACAAGAAGCUACUAGGACGUGUAAAAGCUUUUGACAGACAUUGCAACAUGGUUCUUGAGAAUGUAAAGGAGAUGUGGACUGAAGUACCAAAAAGUGGGAAGGGCAAGAAGAAAUCUAAACCUGUGAACAAGGACCGCUAUAUUUCCAAGAUGUUCCUUCGGGGUGAUUCAGUAAUUGUGGUGCUGAGGAACCCUCUGAUCACAGGAAAAUAACUGUACCCUCCUCCUUUGUACUGUAGGGUUUCUAGAUUCUGCCAGUCAAUACAGUUUUCUGUACUUUAUUCCAUCUUUAUUUUGUGUGAACCGUAAAUUCUCAAUUAAAUAUAACAAUAACCGUU